AAUGCCAUUUAAAAACUUCAAAUCCCUAACCAUUGCUGAAAUAAAAUAACAUAACCUUAAAGCACAAAUAAAAUCCAAAUACGAUCAAACACGUUUAGCUAUCAGUUUGUAUUUAUGAAUAAAUAUUGUACGUAAAGUCAUGUAUUUCUUCCAUUAAAAUUCAUACGUAACACAUAAUAUUUGCAAAAUGGCAUUUGUAAGGCGCUUCACAACUAUUCUAACAAGAACUCGAUUAAAUAUUCCUCUUAACACACAAGGUCGUAAAAUACAUCGUUGGGUAUCGCCAACAUUAAUUGAAUUAAAGUACCGUGAAAAAAAGCAAGGAGGCAAAGUCGUAAAUCCAAGGAACCAAUUUUUAGAAUGGAAUUUAGAAGCGGAAUUGUACGCUUUUGGAAAGCGUCUAAACGAAGAGUUUGAUUCAGAACUUUUACUCCAAGCAUUUACAGAUCGUUCUUAUGUGAUCAAGGAAGAAAUGAAGCAAAAGGAAAUGGACUUUGAUAUAAAAAUGAAAGAUAAUAGAGAAUUAGCAGAACAAGGUGGACAAUUUAUGGAUGAAUAUAUCAAAUUAUAUUUGGAAACAGUUUUACCAAAGUUCCCAAUGGAGGGCAUAACAAGCGUUAAAAAUUAUCUUAUCAGUGAAAGUGUCCUAUCCAAAAUAUCUUUGUACCUUGGUACAAAAGACAUCAUUUUGGCAGCUGAAUAUCCAGUUGAUCAACAAACUCUAGCAAAAACCUUUAAAGCCAUAGUUGGAGCUUUGUUGCAAUCAUCCGGUGAGGAACAAACUGCCCAUUUUGUAAGAGACUUUGUAAUAACACAGCUACAAGGCCAAGAUGUAAACGAUUAUUGGCACAUAGAAGAUCCAUGGUCAAUGCUCACUGAUUUAAUAGCUAAAACUAGCAGCCAGUUGGAACCACGGUUAAUCGGUGAGGUUGGGAGAAAUACACUACUUGCCUGUUACAGAGUUGGUCUUUACUUGGAUAAGAAAAUGCUAUCUUCAGGUUUUGGUGAAACAGUUGCAAUUGCAAAAGAAAUGGCCGCUAGGGAGGCUCUGAAAAAGAUAUUUGGUACAGAAGAAAAUAUGCAUCCAAUUAAUUUUAAACUUAAUGGAAUACCAAAAGCAACUUCAGAUUUAAGAUAUAAAAUAUCUGCAAAUUGAAGAUUUGAUAAAUAGUGUUUGUAGUAUAUGGUAAAUAAUUAUAAUAAAUAUAGCAUAUUA